AUGUCAAAUCGAGAUCGUGAUAGAUUCAGAUCAUAUGAUUCGGGUUGUAAAAAAAGAGAAAAGAAAAAAUUAAAACAAGAUUUUUUAAAAACACAAGAAGGAUCAUUUAAUAAAUUUUUAAUUUACAAAAAUGAUAAGUUUGAUAGUCAGAAUGAUGUAAUACUAUCUACUAAAAACUCAACAAUUCCCCAAGUUAGCUCUGACCCAGAAAAUGUUGAAUUAGAAAGAGAAAAAUCACCUGAAUUAUCAUCAAUUUGUUUCAAGUCUCCAAAAGCGUUAGAUAAAGAUUUUGAUGAGUUACCACAAACUAAAAUAAAUGAUUUUAAAGAAUCAAGUUCCAUUGAAUUUUUAAGUUAUAUAAAUAAUAAGUUUGACAGUCAGAAUGAUGUAAUACCAUCUACUAAAAACUCAACAAUUUCCCAAGUUAGCUCUGAGGCAGAAAAUGUAGAAUUAGAAAGAGAAAAAUCACUCGAAUUAUCACCCAUUUAUUUCAAGUCUCCAAAAGCGUUAGAUAAAGAUUCUGAGUUACCACUUACAAUAUUAAGUGAUUUUAAAGAAUCAAGUUCAAGUAAAUUAACUUCAAAUGAAUCAAAUAAAAUAUUUACGAAUACUGCUAUGAAUGAUUUUAAUAUGUACGAUGACCCUGCUAGUUGGCCCAUUUCUAUUAGCCCAGAUUUAAGGACAAAUAUAGUAAAAUUAGGUCCUAAGAGAGUAUUUAAUUUUAAUUUUCCUUCUCAUGUAACUAUUUCAUCUUCGAGUGAAAGAGAAGUUUACAGGCGAUUUUCAACAAAUUUUUACUAUAGAAAGUUAUCCAAUGGUGAAACAGUUGAUAGAAACUGCUUAAGUACAAAUGGCACAAAUGAUUGGAGUCAUUUAGGAACUAAACUGAUAGAACAUGAACGAUCCUUAACACAUUUUAAGUGCACAGAAAAGUGGUUUGAUCUAAAAAUUAGAAUACAACAAAUGUCUACUAUAGAUAAAACUAAUUUAGAAAUUAUUGAAAAAGAAAAAAUACAUUGGAGAAAUGUUUUAAAAAGAAUUUUAGCAGCUAUUCACUACCUAGCUAAACAUAACGAGGCUUUUCGAGGUACGUCAGAUGUAAUAUUUACAAAAAAUAAUGGAAAGUUCUUGGGCCUUAUCGAAAUGAUUGGAAAAUUUGACCCAGUUAUGGGAGAACAUUUAAAUAGGAUUAAAAAUCAUGACACACAUGUGCAUUAUCUUGGUCAUGAUAUUCAGGAAAAUUUAAUUAAAUUGAUGGCUGUGGCAGUAAAAACUAAAAUAAUUAAUCUUAUAAAAAAGGCUAAAUAUUAUACCAUAAUCAUGGAUACUACGCCAGAUAUAAGUAGGCAAGAGCAGCUUUCAAUUAUUAUUCGUAUAGUUAAUAUGGAGUUUGAAAACGAAAUGUGCGAUCCCCAAAUAAAUGAGUUUUUUAUGGAUUUUAUUAAUAUUGAGUCAACAACGGGUUUUAGUUUAGCCAAUAUUUUAAUUGAACAAUUGAAACAUUAUGACAUUGAUUUACAAAAUUGUAGAGGACAAGCUUAUGAUAAUGGAAGAAAUAUGAUUGGUCAAUAUAAAGGAGUUCAGAGUCGUAUUCUAAAUCAAAAUCCGAGAGCUUUUUUUACACCUUGUGCAGCACAUAAUCUUAAUUUAUUAAUUAAAGAUGCAGCAAAUAGCUCAACCAUAGCUUUGUUAUUUUUUGGAACAGUUGAAAGGAUUUAUACAAUAUUUUCAUCUUCAACUCAACGCUGGGAUAUACUUAAAAAACACUGUAACCUGUUAACAGUUAAAAAAUGGGCAGAAACAAGAUGGGAAAGUAGAUUAGAAAGCGUAAAGGCCUUUCGAUUCCAAUUUAAACAACUUACCGAUGCAUUAAAAGAAUUAUUUAACACUACCACAGACGGAAUGUUUAAGAGUGAGUCUCAGUCAUUAUUAAAAUCUAUAAGUUGUUAUGAAUUUAUUCUAAGUACAGUAAUUUGGUACGAAAUCUUACUCAAGACCAAUAUUGUAAGUAAAAGCCUACAAGGUAUAGAAACGGAUAUGUCUACUUCAGAAAAUUUAUUAAAAGGUCUCAUGGAGUUUUUCGAAGAAUACCGAGAAAAUGGUUUUGAAAAAGCUAAGCUAGAAGCUAAUAUUUUAGCAACAUCUGCAGAAGUUCCUCAAAUAUUUAAAGCAAGUCGAUUGCGAAAAAAGGCACGUAUGUUUAACUAUGAAGGCGAAGACAAUUCUACAGUUGAUGGUGAAACUAUAUUUCGUACUACAUUUUUUAUUAUUAUUAUAGAUCAAGCAUUAAGUUCUCUGAACUUACGUUUUAAUCAAUUUAAGACUUAUAAUGAAAAAUUUGGUUUCUUAUAUCGCAUUGGAAAGCUUAAAGAAAUGGAAGACGACGAUUUAAUAAAAAAUUGUAAAGAUCUUCAUAUGUAUCUCAUGGAUGGUGAGCUCAAAGAUAUUGACGGCAAUGAGUUGUAUCAUGAACUUCAAAUAUUUAAAUCUCUUGUGGAAAUAAACACAACUGCACUUCAAUCCCUUUCCAUACUAAAAAAAUUAAAUGGCUCGUUUCCAAACAUAACUAUUGCUCUACGAAUAAUGCUAACUGCAAGAAAAAAAUCCUUCUAA